AUGAAUGGCACUGGCCUUGCCGACAUCGUCGUUCGGCGGUUGCGGAUGGAGCGUACUUUCCACACCACGACGUGUUCCGGCAAAUUUCGCGCUCCCGGUGCUGCUACUACUACAACUGCGAUCGUGCAGAUGAAUCGAUGUCGUCAACAUAACAGCAGUGCGACGAAACAAUAUGUACCCGUUAGAGGUGAAUCGUCGCAAUCUACCAUUAAUACCUCAAAACAACCUCCAGGAGCUCCGAAUGCGGCUAGCGACCAAAGCAUAUGCGAGGAGUUGGAUGUGAUAAAUGCUCGUGAAAAAAUCUUAUCAAACACGGUCCUAUCGCGUCAGCACAUGACACCGGAAAUCGCACUGCACCUUAUAACUCCCGAUUGCGCCAUCUACCAUCAACCUGUUGGUGCCGGCAACAAUGGUAUACAUACCGGUUUCUCCGCGGAUCCAUUUUGGGGAUUUUUCUGGCCUGGAGGUCAAGCACUAACAAGGUUCAUUCUUGACACGAGUCACGUUUUCCGCGGGAAGACAGUACUGGAUGUUGGUUGUGGCUGUGGAGCUUCCUCGAUUGCUGCACUGAUGGUCGGUGCGAGUCAUGUUACGGCAAACGACAUCGACCGAGGCCACACUACUGAACGCGGAGUUGAAUGGGAUCACGGGUAAUCGGUUGGUGGUGAGCGGAGAUAACUUUAUCAGCAAUGGCGCCGACACCCAAACAAUCAACCAGUACCAAGUGGUGUUAAUAGGCGACCUGUUUUACGAUACAGAGAUAUCAGCCGAUCUUCAUCCAUGGAUACAACGGUUGGCACGUGC